AUGGAUCAAAUCAGUAAGUUAAAACUGGAGAUUCAAGAAAAGGACGAAUUUAUUUACGAACUAAAACCUUAUAAAGAUAUUUGUUCAACGUCUGAAAGAAAACUUGAAUCUUAUGAACGUGAUAAUUCGCAAAAAAAUGAUGAAGUCAACGUUGGCGAUAUAUUUUCUAAAGCAUCAAAUCUGAAGUACUCUGGCAUCGAAGAGGGCCAUCUGAUUUUUCUUGACCACGCGAGAUUAUCAAAUUGA